AGAGUGAGAGUGGAAUUAAUAGAAAUGAAGAGAAGAAGAGAUACAGAGAAUGAUACAGAAAUAAGAUACGCCAUUGGAGAACUGUCCAUGAUCUUGAUCAAAGUAUCAAAAUCUGAUCUUGAUCAUGAUCAUGAUCAUGAUCAAGAUCAAGAUCAUGUUCAAUCCACCGAUGAUCACUGCUCUGUUUCGGACAUGAUCAUCCCCACCAAGCCUUUUCUCUCUGUCUGCACUUUAAUCCUUCAAGUUCUUGAUAAGAUUGGGCCAACAAUGGCGGUUCUCAGGCUAGACAUGGAACAGAACAUCCAGAAAUUGGAAAAGAAACUCGAAUCAGAGCCAUUACUCUACUCAAAUUUGACUGAAUUGCUGAAAAUGGAAGCAACUGAGAAAAUUGCCAAGGAGAAUACAAGUUGUAGUAGAGCUCUCUUAUGGCUCACCAGGUCACUAGACUUUUCAAUAGCUCUAUUACAAUUACUAGUGAAGGAUAUGAAAACAAACAUUGACGAGGCUGUAGAAGAGGCAUAUACUCUAACUUUAAAGCCAUGGCAUGGAUGGAUUUCUUCAACUGCUUAUAGGAUAGCGAUAAAACUUGUGCCCGAUAACGAAACAUUGAUAGACAUACUCUCGUCCAAGGGAGGAGAUCGCGAUUUGCUUAAGGAAGAGAUGAAAUCUUAUAUCUCCUUGUUGUCUCCGUUUCUUGAACAGAUUCACUCCGUCUUGGUAUAA